AUGUGCAUUCUCUCCGCAGCUCCCGUCUCCGUCCGCACUCACCCAUCGGACAGACUAACAUAUCUCGUCCUAUAUAUUUCGUCCAUACUUGCAACACUAGUUUUGUGUCACGUUGUCGCCCUUGUUAUCGUUGCAUCUCGCACUUUCUCUGCUGCAAUUGGAUCACCGCUCAGUCGUACCUCGAGUACUGCCCUUACACAGACCAAUCCCUCUAAGUAUGAGCCACCCUGCGCUUCUCUUUCGGCCCGCGUCGCAUAA